CUUAUGUCCCAUACGUUAACUCAAACACUACACGGGAGAGGCUGGACCAGUCCUCCAGAGUAGCUGAAGUCUGCCAGACGAGCUUGUGUGUGUUAGCUGCCGACGCCUUCUGUAUCUUUGUGUGAGAUAAAAAAUGUUUACAAUUAUGAGACCAGCGGUGAGAGUGUGGGGGGUGGCAUCAAGCACUCCACCAUCUACGCGGAGGUCUUUCUACUUGGCGAGGACAUUAGGCUCGUAUAACAGUAUCCCGUCCUUCCCGCCCACUUCUACAUCAUUAUCAAGCGUGGGUGUGAGGGAGCUGAGCGAGAAGACCAGAUGGUUGGGGCAGCUAAACCUCAAUUCUCGCCUGUACUUCGAGGCACACAAGGUGGGCGUAAAACACUCUAGUAUGGUGAACAACAUAAUCACGGCACGACCUAUCCACCACCAGAACAUGGUCGAUACCCUCCUUCAUCUCUGCAAGAAGAUACCCAUCCUGAGGGUGAACAUAAAGCCACGAGGCGGACAACCCUGGUACUACGAAGACGAACACAUCAACUUAGAUUUUCAGGUAAAUAUUAAAGGUGACUGAUCAAGUGGGUCUCAACCCUAAAGGACCAUAACCAAACAUGAUCAUUAGGACUGGAGUCUAGUGUUUAAAAC